AUGCGCACAACUUCCGCAAUGUCCUCCGCAAAGGCUCCAGAGGGCUCUGCGCCUGCCGCGAGUUCAAACACACCCGUUUCGAUUGUCUGCGUGGGCAUGGCUGGUAGCGGCAAGACGACCUUCAUGCAGCGCCUUGUUUCACAUCUCUAUACCCAUCCCGACCCAACUCAAAGCGAACCCUCCGUCUCCAAAGCGUCCCCGACACCCCCGUACAUCAUCAACCUCGACCCCGCCGUCCACCAUGUCCCGUUCACGCCCAACAUCGACAUCCGAGACAGUGUCAACUACAAGGAGGUCAUGAAGCAGUUCAACCUAGGACCCAACGGCGGUAUCUUGACCAGCUUGAACCUAUUCAGCACAAAGAUUGAUCAGGUCAUUGGUCUGUUGGAAAAGCGAACACAGCCGCCAGCGCCAGUAAAAGAGCCAGAGCAAAGCACAGUCGAAUUCAUGACAAGCGGGGGCAAGGACAAGCAGGCAGCGCCGGCGCAACAACCGCAGGUCAAACACAUCCUCGUGGACACGCCAGGGCAGAUCGAGGUCUUUGUCUGGUCGGCAAGUGGAGAGAUCCUGCUUUCGAGUUUAGCCAGCACAUUCCCCACCGUCAUCGCAUACAUCAUCGACACACCGCGCACAACUAGCACAAGCACCUUCAUGUCCAACAUGCUCUACGCCUGCUCCAUUCUCUACAAGACAAAGUUGCCCAUGAUACUCGUCUUCAACAAGACCGACGCCCAAGACGCCCAGUUCGCGAAGGAUUGGAUGACCGACUUCGAGGCCUUCCAAACCGCCCUACGCAACGAGGAAGAGGGUGGCAGCUUCGGUGGUGAAGGCAUGGGUGGAGGAAGCGGAUACAUGGGCAGUCUGCUGAACAGCAUGUCACUGGUACUGGAGGAAUUCUACAAGCAUCUCAGUGUUGUGGGCGUUAGUGCUAUGACCGGAGACGGCAUGGAUGAGUUCUUCAAAGGCGUGCAAGAAAAGAAGGAAGAGUUUGAGCGCGACUACAAACCCGAGCUUGAGCGACGUCGGGCGGAAAGGGAGCAAGAGAAGAAAGCGACACGUGAGCGCGAGUUGGACAAGAUGAUGAAAGACAUGAAGGUGGGCGGCGCGGGCGCAAAACCAAAGAGCAAGCCGCGAAAAGAAGAGCCCGAGACGGUCAGCGACGCAGAAAACUCCGACGAAGCCGGCAUGAUGGACGAAGACCUAGACUACGAGGAUGAGAUGGACUCAGAUGAUCCAGAAAACGGCCUAAAAGAGCGAUACAGGCAGGCAGUCAACGACCGCGGCGUCGACCAAAGCGAGGACCACAGCUUCGCACGAUAUGUAAACAUGGCGAAGUUCACAUGA